UCCCAUCGCUCGUCAAAUAUUCCCCUUGGACUCCACGUUCCUUUCUCUUCUCUUCCGCGCCGUAGGGAAGACCCUUGACAAAAUAUUCUCUCACCGAGCGUUGCGGAUGACCCAUUAUGUAUUUUCUUUUAGGAUCAUUGGAGGGCUAAGUGCUCGGAUCUAGGCAAAAUGUUCUUCGAUGAUUAUUAUGGUUAUCAUGGAAGUUCUUUUGAGCAGGUGUACCGUUGUUAUUCUUCAUCUUUUAUUGAUAAGCCCCAGCUGGAAAGUGGUGAUAAAAUUAUAAUGCCUCCCUCUGCUCUUGAUCGACUGGCAUCCUUGCACAUUGAUUAUCCAAUGUUGUUUGAACUCUAUAAUGCUGCCACAGAACGAGUUUCACAUUGUGGAGUUCUAGAGUUUAUUGCAGAGGAAGGCAUGAUCUACAUGCCAUAUUGGAUGAUGCAAAAUCUUCUUUUACAAGAGGGAGAUACUGUGCGUGUCAAAAAUGUGACCCUCCCUAAGGGUACCUAUGUGAAACUGCAGCCUCACACACAAGACUUUCUAGAUAUCUCAAACCCCAAGGCCAUCUUGGAGACAACUUUAAGAAGCUUCUCCUGUUUAACUACAGGUGACAGCAUCAUGGUAGCUUACAACAACAGAAAGUACUACAUAGAUAUUGUCGAAACAAAACCGGCCUCUGCCAUUAGCAUUAUUGAGACAGACUGUGAGGUGGACUUUGCACAUCCACUUGAUUAUAAAGAACCUGAACAACCGCAACAACCUUCAAUUCCUCCCAGCCAAGCACCAGAUCAAGUUUCAGAUCAAGAGGCUGAAGUUGAUGCUGAACCAAAAUUCAGUCCCUUUACUGGCAUUGGAAGGCGGUUGGAUGGAAAGCCUUCAGAGUACCAAGAGCCGGCCAUCUCUUCUACAGUAGUGAAUUGUCAGAUGGAAGCACCAAAAAAUGCAAAACAGCACUCGACAACAUCUACUUCACAUAGUAGUUCUGCCCAUCAAUCCGUGGGAAAGCUAGUCUUUGGUUCAAAUGCAAACCAUGCUCCCAAAGAAACACCAAAGGUUGCUGCAAAAGAAACAAAGGCAGAGCCUCCCGAGAAAGAAGAGCCCAGGUUCCAGGCAUUUACUGGGAAGAGUUACUCAUUGAAGGGCUAAUUAAUUGCUCACUUAUUGUCUUUUCAUGGAUCAGAAGUAAUCAUUUUCACAGAAGCGAUCUCUUUUAUUUUUUAUUUUUUGUAUAUCAAGGCUUCUCUGAUAAGAAUAUGUUUUCACGUUGAAACCUUCUAAAACCUAGGAGUGUGAAUUUACUUAUCCACAGGUAGUCCGUAAGUGAUGCAAUUGCACAGACAUUCCAGUCUAAAUCAGUUUUUUAGUGGUUUUCUAGUAUUGUGAAU